CAACAAUUGCAACGCUCAAAAGUGAUUUAGACGUCUGAAUACCCCUUUGUUCAAGAUACAUUUGAUACCCAACAAAUUACCAUUUGAUCACAAACAUGUCUCCAUAUAAUAUUGUCGUUUUCGCUGGCGACCACUGCGGUCCCGAAGUUACCACGGAAGCUCUCAAGGUUUUGCGAGUUAUUGAAAAGGAGCGGCCGAAUAUUCAGUUCAAUUUCCAGGAGCAGUUGCUCGGCGGCGCUUCCAUCGAUGCUACUGGCUCCCCUCUGACCGAUGAGGCUCUCGAGGCCGCAAAGAACGCUGAUGCCGUCAUUCUUGGUGCCAUUGGCGGUCCUAAAUGGGGCACUGGCGCUGUCCGCCCUGAGCAAGGUUUGCUCAAGCUCCGCAAGGAGAUGAAGGCCUUUGGCAACCUGCGUCCCUGCAACUUUGCGUCGGAUAAGCUUGUCGAGAGAUCGCCGCUCAAGGCCGAAGUCUGCCGUGGCGUCGACUUCAACAUUAUUCGUGAGCUGACGGGCGGCAUCUACUUUGGCGAGCGCAAGGAGGAUGACGGCAGUGGCCAUGCGUACGACACGGAGCCUUACUCGCGCGCUGAGAUUGAGCGCAUCACCCGUCUUGCCGGCCACUUGGCGCUGCAGCACGACCCGCCGCUGCCCGUGUGGAGCUUGGACAAGGCCAACGUGCUCGCGACAUCGCGGCUGUGGCGCAAGGUCGUGUCCGAGAUCAUGGCCAAGGAGUUCCCCCAACUCAAGGUCGGCCACCAGCUCAUCGACUCGGCUGCGAUGAUCAUGGUCAAGAACCCGCGCGCACUCAACGGCAUCAUCGUCACCAGCAACCUCUUUGGCGACAUUAUCAGUGACGAGGCCAGUGUCAUUCCCGGCAGCUUGGGUCUCUUGCCUAGCGCCAGCUUGAGCGGCGUUCCCGACGGUAAGACCAAGGUCAAUGGCAUUUACGAGCCUAUUCACGGUUCCGCGCCCGACAUCUCCGGCAAGGGCAUCGUCAACCCCGUUGCGGCUAUCCUCUCUGUGGCCAUGCUCCUGCAGUACUCUCUGAACUUGCCCGCCGAGGCCAAGGCCGUCGAAGAGGCCGUCCGCCGCUCCCUCGACAGCGGUGUGUGCACAGGCGACAUUGGCGGCUCCGCUACCACCAGCCAAGUCGGCGAUGCUGUUGCCAAGGAGCUGGCCAAGGUCUUGGCCGAGCGCAAGUAACUGCUGUCCUUUUCUCUUGUCCAAUUCUUCUCCUAAACCAUUCUUCUCCCCCAACCCAUUCUCGCCACGGGAAACAAAAAGCAAACAGACAAAGAUAGAGCCGUGACUUGACUUGACUUGACCUUGUAGUCCAGUCCCGUUUCCCUUUUUCUUUUUCUUUUAACGAUUUGAAGGGAAAAAAUCUGCUGUAGAUGAUUUCGACUGUCAUUUUGGUUUUUUUUUUUAUAAAAUCAAAUGCCUCGGCUGGCGUCGUUUCCUUUUUACUUUUACUUUUUACUUUUAUAUAUAUAUGCAUAUUACCAGAUUACCAGGGGA